AAACACACAGAGUACACGCACUAAAAGCAAUAAAUGGACCUCAAAGUCCAUAUCCAAUACAGUUGAAUUCUUGGAGAAUUGCCCUUCUCAAUCUGAUUACAAUACCCCAAUUCAAGCUUAUCACUUUACCAAUUCUGACCAACCAACCCCAAAAGUAAGGUCCAGUAGAUUUCUCGGGUUCAAGCCCAAUUCUCUCUCUCUCCCUCCCUCCCUCCGUCCACUCCUUCCCCCUCUCUCUCUCCUCGCCGGCGGAACCCUAGAUCUGGUGUGUUUCCGGGGGCUGAGGUUCGCCGUUUCAGCUUCAGAUUGAAGACUCAGGGUUCGUUUCGUCGUUUGGGUAUCUGAGAAGAUUGGAUUUUGAGAUCUGGGUUUCUCCCAAGAGCCUAUUCUUUGGGGGCCAGGAUCUCUACUACUUUCUAGUUAUCACUCUUGGAGGGGAUUUUGCAGGGAUUUUGCACCAAGAGCAGAAUUCUUCCUCUCGGUUGAAAAUGGCUACCCCGGUGGUACCUACUGCUCCCGAAAUUCCAACGGAGAACAAAGAAGUUGCAGCUCAUGAAGAAAUGGCAGCUCACAACGAAGUGGUGGCACACAAUGGUAUGGUGGCUCAUGGUGAGGUGGUAGCUCAUGAUGAUAUGGUUGAUCAGAAUGAAAUUGUGGCUCAUAAUGAUAUUGUUGCUCAGAAUGAAAUGGUUGCUCAGAGUGAGAUGGUGGCUCAUAAUGAUAUGGUUGCUCAAAAUGAAAUGGUGGCUCAUGAUGAUAUGGUUGCUCAAAAUGAAAUGGUGGCUCAUGAUGAUAUGGUUGCUCAGAACGAAAUGGUGGCGCAUGAUGAUAUGGUUGCUCAGAAUGAAAUGGUGCCUCAUAAUGAUAUGGUUGCUCAGAACGAAAUGGCGCCUCAUAAUGAUAUGGUUGCUCAGAAUGAAAUGGUGGGGCAUGAUGAUAUGGUUGCUCAGAACGAAAUGGUGGCUCAUAAUGAUAUGGUUGCUCAGAAUGAGAUGGUGGCGCAUAAUGAUAUGGCUACGCAGAAUGAAAUGGUGUCCCAUGAUGAAAUGAUGGCACACGAUGAGAUGGUGGCUCAUGAUGAUGUGAUGGCACACAACGAGAUUGUGGCUCAAGAUGAGAUGGUGUCUCACGACGAGAUGGUGGGUCAUGAUGAAAUGGUGGCACACGGUGAGAUGUUGGCGCAUGGGGAGAUGAUGGCACACGGCGAGAUGGUGGAACACGGUGAGAUGGUGGCACAUCACGAGCUAAUCCCUCAUGAUGAGAUGCUCUUCAACAACAAUGUCGAUAACAACGAGAUAGUCCCCAUGGAAACACCAAUGGACUAUAUUGAAACACCACCCAACAGUUUAGAAACACAGCCUAACAAGCGGAGGAAAAAGAAAUCAAUAGUUUGGGAACAUUUCACAAUCGAAACUGUUGGUAAUGGAUGUAGGAGGGCCUGCUGUAAACAGUGCAAGCAAUCCUUUGCUUACAGUCAAGGAUCUAAAGUAGCGGGCACUAGUCAUCUUAAACGACACAUUGCUAAAGGUGCCUGCCCGGUAGUGCUUCGUAAUCAACAACAACAACAACAACAGAAUAAUAGCCCAUAUAGUGAACCUACAAAAUUGGUUGCAUAUGAGGCCAGCACUGAACCACCAAAACGGCGUUACCGAACUGCUAGUACGCCAUUCUUUGCUUUUGAUCCAGACCGCUGUCGGCAUGAGAUUUCUAGGAUGAUCAUCAUGCACGAGUAUCCCCUUCACAUGGUUGAACAUCCGGGCUUUGUUGCUUUUGUCCGUAAUCUUCAACCUCGGUUUGAUAUGGUGAGCUUCAACACCGUCCAAGGAGAUUGUGUGGCAACUUACCUUAGAGAAAAGCAAUCUAUUCAGAAAGUGAUCGAGGGAAUGCCCGGGAGGAUAUGUCUUACCUUGGACAUGUGGUCAUCAUGUCUCAAGGUUGGCUACGUGUUUAUAACUGGGCAGUUCCUCGAUAGCGAGUGGAAAAUUCACCGGAAAAUUCUUAAUGUCAUCAUGGAACCAUAUCCCGACUCUGAUACAGCUUUUAGUCAUGCUAUUGCCGCUUGUCUUUCUGACUGGAGUAUGGAGGGCAAAUUGUUCUCAGUCACAAUCAAUCAACCUUUGACUGAUAAUAAUGCAGCAGAAAAUGUUCGGGCUUUACUGUCUGUGAAGAACCCUCUUAUUCUCAAUGGUCAACUGUUGCUUGGAAAUUGCCUUGCUCAUACUUUAAGCAGCAUCGCAGAAGAUGCAUUGAAGUAUAUGCAUGAAACCGUCAAGAAAGUUAGAGACAGUGUGAAGUACGUUAAAACUUCAGAAUCCCACGAGGAAAAGUUUCUUGAGCUUAAAUAUCAACUACAAGUGCCUAGCACAAAGGUGCUCACACUCGAUGACAAAACUCAAUGGAACACAACAUAUGAGAUGUUAUUGGCUGCAUCGGAGUUGAAGGAAGUAUUUUCUUGUUUGGAUACUUCUGAUCCCGACUACACGGGUGGCCCGUCAAUGGAUGACUGGAAGAAGGUCGAGACACUCUGCGCUUACUUGAAAAUCCUCUUUGACACUGCUAAUCUUCUCACCGCACCAACAAUCUCGACCACGAACACGUUCUUCCAUGAAGCAUGGAAGAUACAGUUGGAAUUGGCCCGUGCAGCAGCCAGUGAGGAUCCGUUCAUCAGUGGCCUUACAAAGUCUAUGCAAGAGAUGUUCGAUAAUUAUUGGAAGAGUUGUUGCCUUAUUUUAGCAAUUGCAGUAGUUAUGGAUCCACGCUUUAAAAUGAAGCUGGUCGAGUUCAGCUUCUCAAAAAUAUAUGGCGACGAUGCUGCAAAAUACGUGAAGUUUGUCGAUGAGGGAAUCCACGAGCUCUUCAUGGAAUACGUAGCACUUCCCCUGCCUCUAACCCCUACGUAUAUCGAAGAAGCAAAUGGUGGAGCCAUUAAAACCGAGGACGAAGGACUCUCUGGUAAUGGACUUGGGUUUUCCGAUUUCGAUGUCUACAUUAUGGAGACAACAAGCCAGCAAUCAAAGUCAGAGCUGGAUCAAUACCUAGAGGAGUCAUUGUUGCCCCGAGUUCACGAGUUUGAUGUAGUAGGUUGGUGGAAACUAAACAGGAAGAAGUACCCAACGCUCUCAAAGAUGGCUCGUGAUAUCUUAACAGUUCCCGUAUGUACUGUCCCUGCAGACUCUGUGUUCUGCACAGCCAGCAAAGAGAUGAGCAGUUACAGAUGCUCGUUGCGGCCUGAGACGGUGGAGGCCCUAAUAUGCGCCAAGGAUUGGCUUCAGAAUGAGACUACAGAAAAUAUGAUGACUCAACCUAUAAAAAUGGAAGUCCCAAUAUAGUGUUGUGUAAUGUGUUUUUAAGUAGAGUGUAGAAUGGCAUGUAGUGAAGAGAACUCAAUUUUAAUUUAGGGUGUAUAAUUUAUCUUUGGGCAGAUUUGACAUUGAACCAUCUUCUUCUGUAUGAUAUAAUUAUUGAAUCCUCUAGGUGAAUUGACUUCAAAGUCUGUUCUCUGUUUCCA